AUGAAGGGAAAAGCGACGCUGCGGAUCACAGGAGCAUGUGAGAGAGCCUGGAAAGCCGGCACCGACUCUGACCUUCCCGUUUCAUCAAGAGACGAGAUGAGACAGAUUUCGGAUGGGGCUUCUGCAUUCGAGAGUUCAGAACUCACGGCGCGGGUUGUCGGCUCUUGCAGGCGUGAAGAGAAAAAGAAAAGCACGGGGACAGAGGGGAGACCAGUGAUAUUUAAGACACAGAGUCAGGUGAUAUCAACUGCAGGUGCCGCCAUCACCGGGGCGCAGGCGAUGCGGCGCAUUGCAAGCUCGCUGGCUGCUUUGCCAACGGACGUUCGGAGUGUGGCGCCAAAGGCGAUCGUGGGAUUGGCUAGCUGCUGCACGAUCGGCGUUACGAUAUGCACGUCGGUUCUGCCUAGUGGAGGCUAG